AUGAGUUUAGAUAAUGAAAGAACAAAGAAUGAUUGUGAAAGUACAUUGGAAUUAAACAGUCGCGGUUUGAAAUUUCGUUCCGCGGUAAAAGGGGCACAUUGUAUAGCUCAAAAUUGUAUAAGAGAAAUCAGAAAUUUUAUUGAGAAUAUUAGUCAUUUAAACAGACUUCAAAGAGUUUUUCAAACGAGUGAUAUCAACGAAACUUUUAAUAAACUUACGAAGGAAUUUGACGGAUAUAUGAGUAAUUUACAACUUUCUAUUGCUGUGGAAUCUCGAAAUGAUUUGAUAACAAUAAAGGAUGGUGUGGCAGAUAUCUUAUUUUAUGUUUAUGGCGUCUCUGAUGACCAACAAGAUUUCCUCAACGGAAUGGAUCAAAUAGCCGGGAAAAACAAAGAAUAUCAAAAGCAUCAAAAAAAAAAUUUGGAUCCAUUUGAUUUUAAAGACCUUGAAGAGAACGAACCAUUGCUUGAUGGCAGUCAAUAUCGAAGGACAAAUGUUUCUCCUUCAAAGAGGAUUGAAAAACGAACAUCAUCCAAAGAUUGCACUGAAGUUUCAUUUAAAGAAUUUUCAAAUAAUGCAUCUUCUCAAACUCAAAUUGAAAUCAGA